AUCAAAAAGUACGAAUUCCUCAAUCAGGUGCAAUGCAUGCAGUGGUGACAUUUUAGUUGUCCAAUAACAUGAUACCGACAUAGUUCAACAUUCACCGUCAUGCGCAAUAGCAGAAUGCAGUCGACGCCGUAACGAUGGCCGUCGAUAAUUUUCUCUUUGGCCAGUGCAUCCUUUAUUUUUUAGCAUUUCUUUUCGGUUUUAUUGCCGUCGUGCCGCUCUCUGAAAACGGUGAUGACUUUCAGGGGAAAUGCUUGCUGUUUACUGAGGGAAUGUGGCAAAAUGAGAACAUGACGAUGGGGAAACAGCGCUUUAUAGUUGAAGAAUGGGGACCAGAGUCGUCCUGCCGCUUCAUCACUUUCGUGGGUAUCGUGUCUCUCAUCCUCUCUGCUGUACAGGCGUGGCGGACCUUUUUCUUCCUCUGCAAAGGCCACGACGACUCUCUUUUUCAUGCCUUCUUGAAUCUUCUCCUGUCCCUCUUGGUGGUUUUUGUAGUGUUUGUGGCCGGUACUAUCUCCAGUGUUGGCUUCAGUGGAUGGUGUGAUGCUAUCACUGAAAAUGGGGCCUUGCCUAGCAGUUGUGAGGAUCUGCAAGACACAGAUUUAGAGCUCGGUGUUGACAACUCCUCCUUUUAUGACCAGUUUGCCAUUGCACAGUUUGGCCUGUGGUCGGCCUGGUUAUGCUGGCUGGGUCUAACAGUGCUAGCCUUCCUGAAGGUUUACCAUAACCACCGACAGCAGGAGCUGCUAGACAGUCUAGUUCAAGAGAAGGAGCUGCUGCUAGGUCAUCCUUUACAGCGAAGUUCUUAUAUGUACAACAGGAAUGCCAUGAUUUAAACAAACAUAUCUCACGUAGUCCAUUUACACUGCAUGAGCUAGUUUCUGAGAGCAGAAUUAAGCCCUCAAGAUAAACAUAUUUUUUUAUAAACCUCUAUCAAUCAUUAGACUGAUAGAAAUAGAUUCUUUACAAACUGUGUUCAUGUUUAAAUAAAUGGUCAUGGAAUAUGAGUUAAACUGAUUCCAGAGUUAAAUUGUUUCCAUUGUUGUUCUUUAGACAGCAUCCUGACAGAAUUCUCUUCAAGCUACAUGGAAUUAUCACGUUCAUAUUCACUCUUACUUUUGCAGUAUAGGACAUAUGAAGACACUGCCUGUGAGAUUAUUAUUUUAUUCUCUUGAGAAGGUGGCUGUGCAUUUAGGAGACUCAGUAAAGCGUAAAUGAGGACCCUCUCUUUGAGCAGAUGUCACAGCUUCACAAGUUCACUCAUAUGUGAAAUGUAAAGUCUGCUUCAAAUAGAAUCUAUUCUGCCUUUACUGUACAUGGGAAUAUAAUUGGAAAUAAAAUUGAAUAAUGGCUCUUUA